AUGGAAAUCAAUGAAUCUCAAAGAAGCCUUUCUUUCUUCACUUCGAACCACCCAAGGCAUGAUUCUUCUUGGAUUUUCCGCGGUUCCUCAUUCAAAAUCAUGUGCGUUGCAUGUCUGAUAGAAACCCUYGAAGACAAAGAAGCUUUGGCAAUCCRAAAAAGAAAAUGUCUAACAGAAAUUCUUUUGCUUCUGUCGAAAGACAAGAAACUAGUUGACAUUUUAACAGCGAAUUCAAGGAUCAGUUUGCAUCUGUGUMAAAUUUUGGUGAAUCUUUUAGAGUCAACUCAAGAUGGGAUCAGUCACAUGUCUAUUGAAGCAAUUGUGCAACUUAUCGUUGGACUACAAAAUGAGRUUUUAGUUCGAGAAAUACUAGACAUUGUAGAGGAUAAAGUACUUAACCUAAACAACUUUAGGAAGACAUGCCCUUUUAUAGUUCUUCUUGGAAAAAUUAUCGAUGCUAUCCCAUUACUUGCUGAAGAAAUMGUAGCACACAAAACAAAGCUUUGGGGAUAUUGUAUUUCGGGGUUGUCUUUUCCAGAUGAAAAGGCGGUUGCGGCUUUGCUAUACUUUGUCCUCGGAACUUUCAGAAAUAACAAAGCGAAGGAAAUAAUCUCCGUUGAUGUSAAAGUGACAAUUUUCAAGAGCUGUUGCGAGAACUUAAUCAAUGGAAAUAACAAGGAUGUGAAAGCCAACUCUCUGGCAUUGUUACAGAGCUGCAUGGUCCUUCAAGAUAUCGAAUUUUUAAAACUUUUAUCUGGAGAAGCCAAGGAAAGCAAGGAUAUACAAGCAAUGGUAGCCAAUGUGCUMAAGAAACUUGUGUUAAGUACAGAUCAAGGCUUACAAAUUGGAGGAAUACAAUUAACUACUAAACUCAUGAGUACAGACUCUGAAGAAAGAACGAUCUCUGGGAGCCUUCUCAGAAAUGGCCUCGCUGAAUUUCUUUUUGAGGCUUUGGAAACUAACAGUGACAUUGUCCUUGCAUCAUUAUUUUGUUGUUUAACUGAGCUUUGUAACAGUGGCGAGUUUUUCAAAGGCAGUUAUUCAAUAUAUGGAAUUGAAUCUGUAGUUACAGCAGUUGUCAAAGCCAUCACUUUACAAAACCCAGAGACCUUACAGCAAGGUCUUCAUGUUCUCUCAACAAUCAUCUCAAACCAAAAGAAAGAUGUUCCCUUAUUCAGCAAUGGCACCAUAUUUGGUAGGUGCUUGAAGAUUUGUGAGGAGUGUCUCAAGGCCAUGGAAUACAAAGUCCUUGAAAAGACACUGCAUUUGAUAAAGAGUCUUCUUCGUGUAGAUCAGUUACCAUCAGGAUUUGAUAUCACUGAGAUAAUCUCUUCUGUAAAUGGUGUUGUCGCAGUGCUGAACAGAUUUACAAGCAAAACAGUAGAUAACUUUAGCGGUAUGCAAUCAGAGACAGCUCAAGAGCUACUAGGUGAUCUUCUUGAAGUCAUAUAUCAAGUAGGUACUUUCAGUAAAACCUAUUCAAGCAAAUCUCCUUCAUUGGAAGAGGCACUACUUGGUGAUCUUUUACCAGAUUCCCAGACAGCUAACAGACARUCUUGCAGCCAAGCUAUUGAUCUCUUUGUACUGAAGGCCAUUGAUGAGAYAUGCAUUAGAGCUGUGAUGGUGAACUAUGAAUCUAUCACUAAAGCAUCUGUAUUUAAGGUUCUMUUCAAACUCCUCAAUUCACAGCUGACAGAUAAUAUUCAAGAAAAAAGUGAAGCAUUUGCCCAAAAACUUGCAAAUACUUCAUUUAUAAGAGUGUCCAUGGAGGUUAGUGGUCGCUUUUGCAAAGGCGGUGAAAACAUUCCUUUAAUGAAGGAACUGCAGGAUUUCCAUAGAGGUUUGAUAAUUAAUCUUAAUGAGGGAUACUCUGAUGAUGAAARAGAAAUGUUUGAGUUUGAAGGUAUUCCUGGCUCUYCUGAUGAAUAUCUUUCACUGCUGUCACAGUCAUGUCUAGAUCMCAUCACACUGGAUGUGUCUGAUGAGAUGCUUUUCAAGAUUCAGUGUUAUUGUAUAGAAAUACUCUAUCUGUCCUACAUUUUCAAAGACUUCAUCUUGGAUGACAAGAAUCUGAUCAGAGGAAUCUACAAAUUCAUUUGCUUGAACAAGAAACUUCAAGUUUUUCCWGCCCAAACAUUUAGGCRCAUCUUACAUCUGUACACAGAUAUCACUAUGAAAUACCAAAAUGAUCAACAAGKUGGAUAUCUUGAGUCGCAGAGACUUGUACAACAAGAGCUCCUUAAAUUAAAAGAUGAGGAUUUCCAUAUAGUAGCUUGCUACAGUUCUAGUUUUGUCAAAUGGAUCUUCCAGAGUGAGCCAUUAGCAGAAGCAUUUGGAUGCAGUUUCCUUAAAAACCUUCUUUCCAAAAAUGAAGAAUCCAUCAAUUGGAAAUCCUUAAAGAGCAAGAAUGCUGUGAAGUUUUUAGCAAGUCUUUUAGAAAGUGAAGAUGUGGCCAUUGUCAAWAGGGUUUCUCAGGUAUUGGAAAACAUAUUGACUCAAGAUAGUGCAACAGAAGGAAACAGUGACACAGUCAUUACUGAGCUCAUAGAAGAAGAACUCCACAGGCUUUUUCUGAAGAAUCAAGGAGUGAGCCUUCCUGGGCAUGUAUUGUCAGCCAURUUGAAUGUCCUACUUUCACUUCAAGUUAGAAUGGGUGGACAAGUUGACAUCAAGAUUUUCCAUCUGGUCGUUGAGAUCCUGACUAAACCAAGCAACAAAACUUCAGAUGUCACUAUAGCUAUAGUUAACUACAUUAAUGUAAUACUAUGGACAACAAGGGCCACAASGUCUGGCAUUGCUGCUGUGUUGUUGUCAAAUGAAGAGUUUAUGCUUUGGCUUCAGAAGGUGAUGACUGCAUUGGAGUCUGUGGAGGUUUCAAGGGCUGACAGUUCCACAGCCACUGACGUAUAUGGUGCAUGCAUGAUUUUAAUAUCAAAUCUUGUCUUCUCUCAAGACAAACAUUCCAUUUCACAUUCAAUCCAUGUAUCCUUAGAUAAGGAAAUCCUCCUAGCUCAUUUGAAKGACUACCACAAUUGCAUUUCUCAACUGGCAAGUCUACUCUUAUGGAAGACAUUGUUAGAUUCAAAGACAAAGACAUUUGUGGUCUUUAAGAGAGGGGAAGAGGAAAAUCAAGCAGACUGCAUUUUAACAGAGAUGGAUUGCAAAGUUAUGUUAGUCUACCUGCAAAAUGCAUUAAUGCAUGAAAGCAAAACCAUCAGGAACUGUGCAAUGGGGUGCCUCCAAGCAUUCCUGUCGUCUGGUGAGAGAACAAGCUAUUGUUCAUCAAAUCCAUGGAAUAAAGUGGUACURGAAUCCUUGAUYUUUUCUUUGACACAUGAAAAGUUGGAUUCURACCUCCUCCAGUUUUGCAAGAUCAUGGUAAAAGCUAAGAAAUUCUGGAACAUGGAAGAAGCUGUUGAAUCAGCAACUGCAUUCAUUUUCAGACAAAUCCCUGAUGUUCCCCUAUAUUUGGAUGACCAAAGACAGAUGCCAUCAAUAGCACUACAGUGUAUUGGUUUCUUAAAGGAACUAGUAUCAGUCAACUUGCACUUAGUUAGAUCAAUGACAACUACUUCUCUGAUGACAUGGUUGAAGAAAGCAGAGGAGAUGGUAAACCAGAGUAAAACUACCAAGAGAAUGUGCUUUAUCAAAGUAAACCAACUAGUUCUUCUUCAAGAAAUUGUGUUGGGUCACACAGAGAUUCCAGAUGCAAGGWCAAUUUUGCUUAUUCUGAAAAGACUUGAUAGAAAAAGUGCCACGACAAAGGAAUAG